GACUCUUUCAGGUUAACAGCAAUGAUGAAAAAGGAGUGGUGGAAGGGAAGUGGAAUGGAAAGUACUUCUCAGGAACCAACCCCCUGCAGUGGAGUGGAAGUGUGACCAUCCUUCGGAAGUGGUACAGGGGGAGAUACAAACCUGUCCGGUAUGGCCAGUGCUGGGUCUUUGCAGGAGUAAUGUGCACAGUUCUGAGAUCCUUGGGAAUACCAACUCGUGUUAUUACAAACUUCAACUCUGCCCAUGACAGGAAUAUCAAUCUGAGUAUUGAUAAGUACAUUGACAUUUCUGGAAAGACCCUGCACUUCACUAAAGACAGUGUGUGGAAUUUCCAUGUAUGGAAUGAAAGCUGGUUCAUUAGAAGAGAUCUUGGCUCUUUUUAUGACGGAUGGCAGGUUCUGGAUGCAACACCCCAGGAAAGAAGCAAAGGCGUAUAUCAGUGUGGUCCUGCCUCCACCAGAGCCAUUAAGGAAGGGGACGUGAACCUGGAUUACGACAGCUCGUUUGUGUUUGCAGCAGUGAAUGCUGACUAUGUUACUUGGAUUCGCCACAGCAACAAGAGAAAAGAGAGAAUUUAUUCUGAUACUAGGAAGAUCGGAAAAUUUAUCAGCACCAAAGCAGUGGGCACCAACUCCCGUGUGGAUGUCACUGCUAAUUACAAAUAUCCAGAAGGAUCCCUGAAAGAAAGGCGGGUGUAUAAAAAAGCACUGAAGCUGCUUGGUGUGAGAAACACUGGAAAAAGAAUCCAUACUACAAGAUCUAGAAGACGAUCUUCAACAACAUGGAGACAGAAUACAACACAGCCUGCACAAAACCCCAGUAUUUCAGGGAAGCUGAUCCUUGGCGCAUCUCCUGUAAUUGGCCAGGAUAUCCUCCUUACCUUGGCACUCAGGAACUUGAUCUCAGAUUUCAAGACAAUAAAGGUUAAACUGACAGCUUCAGCCAUUCUCUACACAAGAAAACCAAAGGCAGAGAUUUUGCACUUGUCUAGGUCUAUUAAACUUGGAUCUCAAGAAGCGAAUGAGAUUUCAUUCAAGAUCUCCUAUGCCCAGUACAAAAAACAUCUGAUGGAUGACAGGAAGAUCCUAGUGACUGCUGUGUGUGAAAUCAAACACGGAGCCUCGCUUCUCGUGGAGAAAGAUAUUGUACUUCAGGAUCCUCUUCUCUCCAUCAAGGUCCUUGGUCCAACAGUGGUACACAAGGCUGUUAAUGUGCAGGUCACAUUUACCAACCCACUGUCUGAAGAGGUGACAGACUGUGUGCUGAGAGCAGAAGGUAGUGGCUUGCUCAAAGAGCAACUCAGAAUCAAGGUGGAAAGAAUGGUCCCCAUGGAGAGCUCAACAGUACAAUUUGAAAUAAUCCCUUACAAGAGUGGCACCAGGCAGCUUCAGGUGGACUUGGUUUGCAUCCAUUUUUCAGACAUUAAGGGAUUUGUGAUGCUUGAUGUGGCUCCUGCUCAGUGA